CCCGCCUCCUCCGUGUGGAGCGUAGGCAGGAGGCGGUGGGUGUGGCGCCUGCUCCCAGGCUUCCCGCGCUCCUCGGAAGCGCCGCCUCAGAGCAGACGCCCCAUUUUCGGGAUGGACCCUCCCCCAGAUAGAGCCACGUCCGUCCCUGCCCCUUCCGAGGCCCGGGACACUGCCCGGCUUUCUCAGAACAAGGGUUCGGGGAAACAGCUGAUGAGUGCAACACUUAGAGAACGGUUAAAGAAAACAAGAAGUUCAUUUAAUUCCUGUCAUGCUGUGGCAAAACGUCUUAAAGUAGAUACUGAAAAUAACUCCACCACUUCAGAGGAAGCAACAUCUUCCCCUGGUGGAAGCUAUUCUGCAUUUCCAGAAAACUGUAAAAACAUAGAAAAAGCAUCUGAAGAAAGUCUGUCUUUGAAAGACUGCAAGCCCCUUGUCAUAAGUACUCUGUCAGAUAAUCUCCCCCAGAUGGUUUCAGAAGGAUAUAACAUUGGCAAGCAAGAAUUGCUUGAAGAAAAGAUGAAAUUAUUGAAGGAAGUUCAAGAGAAGGAAGAGCUUCUUCGAAGGCUAAAAUUAACCAAAAUGUAUAGGUCAAAGAAUAACCUUUCACAGUUACAAUCAUUGAUAAAGAAGUGGAGAAAUAGUAGCCAGCUGUUGCUUUUUGAGCUGCAAUCAACCCUGUCUGUGGAGAACAAGAAACUAAGCCUUACUCAGUUGAUAGACAGCUAUGGAUUAGAAGACCAGUUACUACGUUACAACAGAAUUGAAGAAGAAUUUGCAGAUUUUUAGUUCAGAUUAUUUUCAGAAAUCUGCCUUUGAGAAGUAAGGGCAGCUCAACUCAAAGAUAUUUCUGAAUGCCAAUAAAAAGGUACUCCUAAAGAAAGCAUAAAAAUUAUUAUAGUUUAAAUUGAUUGGAACAAGACAUUACUGUGAUGAAAUAAAAUUAGACCAUACAAGUUCUGUAAGGAGAAUUCAAUGAAAAUGAAAGUAUGCUUCUAAAACAGUCUGGAUUAUUUCUGUCAAUUGAUAUUAACAAAUUUUAAAGUUUAUUAUUUUAAUAUUACAAAAAUGUCUAAAGCCAGACUUAGCUUCAAAUCUCUGUUUCUGUUAAUAGUGCUGUUUUAUUCAUUAAACACAUUUGGACUUUCA